GUUAUCGUGGUUCUGGCAGAUUUGGUGUCGUGUGGUUGCAGUGUCGAAGAGCAGGUGGAAUGUUGCACAGUGUGGCCCUGAGUAUGGUGGGCAGACGGUCUGCUGGUCAUGGACCACUUGUGAGUAAGCACUGUGGACCAGUUGAACCACUGGUACGUACCUGUGGGACACUAGUGAACCGUUGUGGUGUUGCUGGGAUCCCAGAGGGCCGAGUUUCAGGCCAUUGUGGGCCACUAAACAGCCACUGUGACCCAGCUGGGCCACUAAACAGCCGUUGUGGCCCUGUUGGACCACUAGUUGAUAUGGUGUGCAUCCCUGGACCGGUCCACCGCACAUCCUGUACCCGCUGUUGCCAUCUCAGACGCAAACAAAGAAUUCUUGCUGUCUUAAGUGCCUCCACUGGACUGUCCCUUCUUCUGCUAGUCCUCCACUCUUCCUCCACUUCGUACGCCCUCCAGAGAGUCACUCCACUCGAAAACUCCAAGGACCUCCCAGAGAAGUCCCAAUACUUCCUUCGUGAGGUCAUAGAAACUCCAAAAAUCCCUAGAAACCCCACCAAACAGCCAAAUUUGAAACCCAGCACCUCUCUCAGUGACACAAAAUCUCAUAAAAACAGUGACUUUAACAGUGAUUAUUAUGUUAACGUCAACAGGGGUUACCGAAACGGGUUUAACGGGACACACGCCGUUAAACAGAAGGGGUUUUCGUUGAAAAGGGUCAAUGGGAGGUACAGGAUAGAGGAAUAUAAGAGAAAAGGGCGUUGGGAAGAGCGUCAAUUCUCUUUGCUCUCUACUGGCCGACGUAUUGAUCACUCUACAGGAAUUAACGCUGGUUGGAGCCUAGGUGAAACCUACCUAGGAAUUAACCCUGCUAGGAGCCUAGGAGGAGCCUAUCUACCUCCAGGAGAACACGAGGGCCAUUUAGAGGCCCCAGAAGGGCCACUACCUAGUCCAAGGGGUCACCAACCUCUCCUAUUACUGUACGACUAUUCACGACCAUCCUACUAUCCCUGGCGAACUACCAGAGACGAGUGUUCUAACUACGCCACCAGGUUCCUGGUAGGUGGUGGUUGCCCACUGAUACCACUGGUAUCCUUCCCUGGUUCAGGUAAUACCUGGCUCAGGUAUCUGGUUCAAACACUUACUGGUGUCUUUACUGGUUCAGUUUACCAUGAUGAAGUGUUGGCACUUAGUGGGUUCCUGGGAGAGAGGGACGGCUACAGACAGGGGACUACACUGCUACAGAAAACUCACAGCUACCCAUUGCUACCAGAAGUUCUACAAGAUGGAAUCUACAAGGGAGAGGAGUUCCGGUUCCUUCUACCUAAGGCGCCAAGGAAGGUGGUGAUCCUUGUGAGAAGUCCCUGGGAGUCCCUACUAGCCCUGAGACACUACCAUGCUGCUGGUCACACUGGCUUUGCUAGUUCUAGCUACUUCAGGGGUACUAACUGGAGGAACUUCACAGUAGAGAGAGCAGAGAUGUGGGUCAGCCUGAACACUGCUUGGUUAAGUGUACCCAACACUGAUGUACAUGUUCUACAUUAUGAGCAUCUCCAGCACGGGCUGGAACAAGAAGCGGUCCGGUUAAUGGAGUUUCUGGGUCUCCCACUUGAUUAUGGCAGGAUAGACUGUCUGGUCAGGUACCCUGAAGGGAGGUUCCGGCGCCCUAAAUACCCUAAGCACCUCCAGGGGUAUCGCUUUCCUGCCCGGGCCAUCCAAAUCCUGCAGGAUGGUAUGGAUAGUAUUAACACUAUCCUGGGUCGUGGAGGCCAUCCUGUCCUGCCAGUCCAGCUGUACGGCUUCACACCUCUACCUCUGACCUCUGGGGACAUGCCCGUGUCUCAUGGUGGUUAAUUGCGAGGGAUAUUGCUUGUGUUUUGUGGAGGUCAUAUAUAGAGGACAUGCCUGUGUCUUAUGGAGAUCAUAUAUAGAGGCCAUGCCUGUGUGUCAUGGAGGUUGUCUGCAGAGGACAUGCCUGUGUCUUAUGGACGUUGUCUAUAGAGGACAUGCCUGUGUCUUGUGGAGAUUGACUGUAAAGGACAUGCCCGUGUCUCAUGGAGGAUGAUUAUAAGGGACAUGCCCGUGUCUCAUGGAGAUUGGCUAUAAAUGGAUAUGCCCCUGCUUUAAGGAGCUAGACUACUCAAUUCCACUACAAUCCUCCACUACCAGACAUGGCGACUGAACCACUGAAAGCUGUCAGGCCUAUGCCAGGAGAACAUACACACACACCCGUACCCUCGCGUGUUCGAAUUCACAAGUUCCAACUUAAGGCAUCACAGAAACACAGGUGAAUCUCCUUCUGAAACCAGUGAUACAGGUGAAUCUACUUCUGAAACCAGUGACACAGGUGAAUCUACUUCUGAAACCAGUGAUACAGGUGAAUCUACUUCUGAAACCAGUGAUAUAGGUGAAUCUACUCCUGAAACCAGUGACACAGGUGAAUCUACUUCUGAAACCAGUGACACAGGUGAAUCUACUUCUGAAACCAGUGACACAGGUGAAUCUACUUCUCGAACCAGUGACACAGGUGAAUCUACUUCUGAAACCAGUGACACAGGUGAAUCUACUUCUGAAACCAGUGACACAGGUGAAUCUACUUCUGAAACCAGUGACACAGGUGAAUCUACUUCUGAAACCAGUGACACAGGUGAAUCUACUUCUGAAACCAGUGACACAGGUGAAUCUACUUCUGAAACCAGUGACACAGGUGAAUCUACUUCUGAAACCAGUGACUGUUGGUCAAGACUUGCAUCGCGCCAUCACUACCCACCAACACACGUCAGUAUCAUCACUGUCAUACUCAUUAUCAUCAUCAUUAUCAUUAUACUUGGUAACAAAUUUCUUCAGUGUACUUAAAUCAAAAUCAUCUUUCUAUUAACCCACACCUAAU